AGAAAACAUGAAAGAUCGAAUGAUGAUGAAAACGAUGAAAUUUUUUUUUCUCGCUAAUCAACAAAAGUUAUUGGUUAAUUAACCAAAAAAAAUGUAUCCGUUCGAUUUUUUUUUGCAGAUGGUUCCUACACUAUUUUGUCGUCGUCGUCGUUGUUGUUGUUGUUUUGAAUCUCAAAUUUCUUCAAACAAAUGGCGGUGUUUUCCAUCCAUCCAUUGUUUUUUAUUUAUUUUCUAUGAUGAUGAUGAUGAUGAUGUGGUUACAAAAUGUAAACGCGCAGUAUUUUGAUACACACAGCGGGCAAGUAGGUGGGGAAAAAAAUUUACAGAUGAUUGAUUGAUUGAUAUGUUUUUGUGGUAAAUUAACACACGUGUUUUUUUGUUCCAAUUUUUUUUUUUUUUUUGAGGCUAAGAAUACAAUGACUUUUUGUUUUUUCGAUGUUGUUGUUGUUGUUGCUUGGUUGGUUGGUUGGUUGGUUUUGAUGAUUUAGUUCCAAAUGAUUGAUAGUCGUAGCAGUUCCUGUUUUUUUUUUGUAUUAAUUUGUUGAUUUUGUAAAUUCAUGAAAAAUUCAGGUACAUGAAAUGUUUUUGUGUGUGCCAAUGAUGAUGAUGAUGAUGAUGAUGAUUAAUCGAUAGUAUCGCGAUUAUAGCAUGUGUUUUUGUGUUUGCUGCCAACUCUCUCCAGAUGGUUUGAAUUUGAAUUUUUUUUUAAUUCUGAAAAUGGACAAUAAGAAUGGUGGUGGCCACCAUGAACAACAAGAGCCAAUAAUUCGAUUUAGUGAAUUACGUGAUGCACUGAUUGGCCCGUAUAGACGUCGUGAAAAUAUGGUGGUUCCAAAUGGUUAUCUGGGUGCCGAACCAUUAAAACCGGACAAUCAACGAAUGGUAGAAAGUUUUGAAAGUUGUGCUUUCAAAACAACACUCAGCUGUGUUGCUGGUUUUGGCCUAGGUGCAGCAAUCGGUCUUUUCACGGCCAGUGUUGGUCCUGAAUUGGCACCAGUGAAUGAACGUACACAAACUGUACGUGAAGUAUUGCGUGAAAUGAAAUCCAAAUCAUUGUCAUAUGCAAAGAAUUUUGCCAUGUUGGGCGCAAUGUUUUCCGCUACCGAAUGUGCUAUCGAAUCGUAUCGAGCAAAAAAAGAUUGGAAAAAUGGUACAAUGGCUGGUGGAGUUGUUGGUGGUAUGAUCGGAUUACGAGCCGGUAUCAAAGGUGGUAUAUUUGGUGCUGCUGGUUUUGCUGCAUUUUCCACUCUUAUCGAAUAUUAUCUAGAUUAACGUUUUAUGUUUUAUCAAUCAAUCAAUUGUUGUAAAUAAAAAUAAAAUUUUCAUUCAAUUUUUGUAG